CGCGCCCCCGCAGGGGGGCGCCCGCCGCCCGGGGCGUGGCCUCGCGCGGCCCCGCCCUCCUCGCCGGAGACCGGGCAGGCGGGCAGCUGGCGGCGGCGGCGCCGACAUGGCUGCUCUGGUGGAGCCGCUGGGGCUGGAGCGGGACGUGUCCCGGGCGGUGGAGCUCCUCGAGAGGCUCCAGCGCAGCGGGGAGCUGCCCCCGCAGAAGCUGCAGGCCCUCCAGCGAGUCUUGCAGAGCCGCUUCUGUUCUGCCAUCCGGGAGGUGUAUGAGCAGCUCUAUGACACGCUGGACAUCACCGGCAGUGCUGAAAUCCGGGCCCACGCCACGGCCAAGGCCACGGUGGCUGCCUUCACAGCCAGUGAGGGCCAUGCACAUCCCAGGGUAGUGGAGCUGCCCAAGACAGAUGAGGGCCUGGGCUUCAACAUCAUGGGGGGCAAGGAGCAGAACUCCCCCAUCUAUAUCUCCCGUGUCAUCCCUGGAGGCGUGGCUGACCGCCACGGAGGCCUCAAGCGCGGCGACCAGCUGCUGUCCGUGAAUGGCGUGAGUGUUGAGGGUGAGCAGCACGAGAAGGCAGUGGAGCUGCUGAAGGCAGCCCAGGGCUCGGUGAAGCUGGUGGUGCGUUACACGCCUCGCGUGCUGGAGGAGAUGGAGGCCCGCUUCGAGAAGAUGCGCUCUGCUCGCCGGCGCCAGCAGCACCAGAGCUACUCGUCCUUGGAGUCUCGAGGCUGAAACCACAGAUCUGGACCCUCACCCUCACCCCCUCCCCUGUACAGUAUUUAUUGUCACUGGCUCCUUAUUUAAAGAUCUUUGACCCUCA